CACGUUUUGGCUCAGUUCGGAUUGAAGCGCUUGUCACGGCGCACGCGGUUUUUCCUGCCACUGGGAAACGGUCGGGGCUUUUUUUUGCGUUUCUGGUGGCGACGAGUUUUCCAGCCCGAAACUCGGGUUACCUUUAGUGUGGUGUGUGUUUGGUUUUUGUUUGUCCUGAAACGUUCGUCUCCAAAACACGUGUGUGUUUUCAAGUGCGUUAUUCGUUCGUGAUGAGUGCAUAAAAGCCCUUACCCCCGUCCAACCAUGAACUAUCUGAACAAUUUGAACGUCUUCAAACGGCGGCGUAACACCUCGUCCACCGACUCGUCAUCGGCCGUCUCAUCGCCGGCCAGCCCGGCGACGAUCGAUGCUGCCGGCACAUCCGCUGGUGCAGCUGGCAAUGAAGCCGGCAAACCGCGGCGCAAGAAGACGAAGAAGAAGAAGGGCCGUAAGCGUACCAUUUCCGUUGUUCCCAUCAGCGAGGUAACGGAGGCAUCGCUGGAGCUAUGGCGCACGCUACCACCGAAGAUCCGGCACGACCCGAGCAUGGUGUCCUUUCAGCAGGUUGAGCUGGAGCAUGCCCGAUUGCACGGUGACUGCCAUGAGGAUUCGUUUCCGGAAAUUCAAGGACUGGAAGAGGACGACGGCGAAGAGGACGAGGACGACGAGGAAGAGGAAGAGGAAGAUGAAGAGUAUGAGAACGAGUUCAUCACCAUUAACGUUACCAACGAAGAGGGCCAGGCGAAGGAAAUAGGACAUGUGAAGGAGAAAAAAGAGAUUCCGAAACCGCACGUUCACCACCUGGCUGGGCAUUACAUCGGCAACAUUACACCGCCGAAGCACGACGAUAUCAAUGAUACCGGGCAGACCAAUCUAGACGAGGACCAUCCGUUCCGGAAGUACUCGAAGAUUAUCUGCCUGUUCAUUACGUGGCUGCUGAUAAUGUCCUUCAUGGUGGUGAAGGACGAAAAGAUGGUGGAACCGAAGCAUCUAUCGAUUUCGCCCAGCAAAACGAAGGCUUAUAUCUUGCCACAUCUACCGCAGAGCACCCGCAUCAAGGUGACGCUCGAGGGCACGUUCCUGAGCGAACCUUACAGCAACAUUACCGAGCAUUAUCUGGAGGUGUACCUGCAGAUGCUAUCGUCCACGCUGGAAGGAAACUCUUCCGAUAUUUACUCAUCAAGCUCGGCCAAGAACAUCAGCGAAUCCUGGUACAUCCCGAUCGUACAUCCGUACCUGUUCGAUAGCGCACCGAUCGUGAAGGAGCAGCGUCUGUUCGACAUCAUCGAUAGUAACUACGAGCAGCUGCAUCAGACGAACGGUGGCCUGGUGAGGUUGAUGAUCCGUAGCAACAUUCAAGCGAGCAUGCCCAUCGCCAUCCGAUACGACCAGUCACCGGUCAAUCGGGACGUGGGCGUGAUAUACGCCGCGUUUGUGCUGAUCUUCCUGUACGUGUUGAUCAUCUGGGAGAUUGUGCACAGGACGUUUGCGGCGGUGAUUGCCUCCACACUGGCUAUAUCGAUCCUGGCGGCACUGAACGAUCGUCCAACGAUGGAGGACAUUAUUGGGUGGAUUGAUGUGGAAACGAUACUGCUACUGUUCUCGAUGAUGAUUUUGGUGGCGAUCCUCGCUGAGACGGGUAUCUUCGAUUAUCUGUCCGUGUACAUCUACAAGAUAACAAACGGCAAAAUAUGGAGUCUUAUACACUGCCUCUGUCUGUGUACGGUAUUGAUCUCUUCGUUUUUGGACAACGUAACAACCGUGCUGUUGAUGGCUCCCAUCACAAUAAGACUUUGUGAGGUGAUGGACAUGAAUCCGGUACCGAUUCUGAUGGCAAUCACCGUGCAUGCCAACAUCGGUGGCACUACCACACCGGUUGGAGAUCCUCCCAACAUAAUCAUCACAUCGAAUCAGUAUAUUCUGAAACACGGAGUUACCUUCCUCACCUUUACCGCUCACAUGCUGGUCGGCGUCAUUAUCGUCGUCAUCACUACCAACAUCCAUCUGCGCAUCAUCUACAAAAACAUCAACCAUCUCCGGAUGCACGAGCCGAAAGAGCUGAAGGAGCUGCGUCGCAACAUCAAGGUGUGGGAGCGUGCCGCCGGCAAGAUCCCGCCCUACUCCAAGGAUGCCAACAUCGUGCGCGAAACGCUCAUGAAGAAGGUGAAGCUGUUGCGCCACCAGUACAAGAAGAAGAUGACCAAGGGUACCGUCCCGGAAGAUAUCUACCGAUCGACGCUCGAGGAGCUGCAGCGCGAGCAUCCGAUCAAGAACCGGCCGCUCCUGAUCAAGUCCGGCGUAGUGUGCGUUUUUAUCGUGUCGCUGUUCUUCCUCGAGUCAAUUCCCGAGCUACGCCGCCUAUCGUCCGGCUGGGCCGCUCUGCUCGGUGUCGUGCUGCUGCUGAUCAUCUCGGACAAGAACGACAUGGACGCGGUGCUGUCGCGCGUCGAGUGGCCAACACUACUGUUCUUUGCCGCCAUGUUUACGCUGAUGGAAGCGGUCGAGCGGAUGGGACUGAUCGAUUGGAUUGGGCACGCGACGGAAACGAUCAUCCUGUCCGUGUCGGAGGAUCUGCGGCUUGCGGUAGCGAUCGUCAUCAUACUGUGGAUCUCGGCCCUGACGUCCGCGUUCGUCGAUAGCAUCCCGGUAACGGCCAUGAUGGUGAAGAUUGUGGUGGCACUGUCGGAGAAGGCGUAUCUGGGCUUGCCGCUGCAGCCGAUGGUUUGGGCGCUUGCGUUUGGACCGUGUCUCGGGGGCAAUGGUACGUUGGUCGGUGCGUCCGCAAACGUCAUCUGUGCUGGAAUUGCUGAACAGCAUGGCUAUCGGUUCAGCUUUAUGGAUUACUUCAAACUCGGAUUCCCGAUCAUGCUGGUCAGUGUGCUGGUCACUACCGGGUACCUAAUAAUGGCCCACGUCGUCUUUGCUUGGCACUAGGUCCGGAACGGAUCUAGCUACCUCUCUAGUUUGUAAAGUAAAAACACCCCCCUCCUCCUCCUGCGAUCAGACGAUCGAUGCAACGAAAGGAUUGCAAAUAUCCGCGUGUCCCCGUGUUACAGUGUCCAGUGUCCGUCUAACUGUCGUGUCUUUAGCUUGGUACCCCUUUGUCUGAAAGAAACAAGGCAACGUCCAUGAACAAGAGACAUGGUUUACAUCAGCAUCAUCAUCAGACAUCGGUUACCGUACGUCUGUUUCUUACUUGUGUAUUUUUAGUAGCGAAGCGAAAAGAAGAGAAAAUAUUAUGAACGUGAUUUAAAAUCUAAACCUCACAUCCGGAUGUGGGAGAAAUUUGGCCAAUUUAUUCAACCCACCGCGUUGGGUUCGUGUAUUUUUGAGAUGAUUAAGCGAGUUGGUUCAAAAUGGGCAAACUUGUUUUUGGGUUUUCCUUCCCGUUUUUCUGUUGUUGUUGUUGAUCUUUGAUAAGAAAUGUAAACAACAGUUUUAGACGCAAAUAAAGACGAAAGAGGCAAGA